AUGAAUAAGGGGAAAGAGCUGAGGAUAAUAUCGUUGCUUUGUUUAGAUAGUGCAUUUUUCCUUAUAGAAUUGAGUAUUGGUUAUAUGUCACAUUCUUUGGCAUUAAUAGCCGACUCUUUUCAUAUGUUAAAUGAUAUUUUAUCUCUAGUUGUCGCAUUGUGGGCAGUUAACGUGGCAAAGGAGCGUACAGCGGAUGCUAAAUACACCUAUGGGUGGAAAAGGGCAGAAAUUCUAGGUGCAUUGAUCAAUGCUGUUUUUUUAUUGGCUUUAUGCUUCUCGAUCAUAAUUCAGGCAAUACAAAGGUUGGUUGAGCCUGAAAUUAUACAAAAUCCAAAGUUAGUAAUGUACGUUGGUUUUGCGGGGCUACUUUCAAAUGUUAUCGGGAUAUUUCUAUUCAAUGACCAUGGUCCAGAAUUAGAAAACAACCAAGAUCAUGCCAGAAAUGCAGAUUUGGAGGAUUCGCCCAUUGAAGAUGGUGAAUCUGCGAUCGAAGAUGGUACGACGGUAGCGUCAGCCAUUGAUAAUCAACAGGAGGUGGCUGCUCUUACAGAUACUACAAUUAACAUGUUAUCCGAAGAAGAAACAAGUUUGCUGUCACAGCUCCAUAAGACACCUCAGAAACCAAAAAGACAAAAGUCUUUGAAUAUGCAUGGCGUUUUCUUACAUGUUAUGGGAGAUGCUUUAGGCAAUAUAGGUGUUAUAGUGGCCGCAUUAAUCAUGUGGAAAACAGAACUAUCCUGGAAAUACUAUACAGAUCCUCUAAUUUCACUUUUCAUUACUGUUAUUAUUUUUUCUUCAGCUUUGCCUUUAUCUCGUAAGGCCUCAAAAAUUCUACUACAGGCAACUCCUUCUGAUAUAUCGGCUGAAAAGAUCAGGAAACAGAUUUUACAGGUUCCAGGCGUUAUUACAGUUCAUGAAUUUCACAUUUGGAAUCUAACAGAAACUAUCAAUAUCGCCUCCAUUCACGUGAACAUUGAUGCGACGUCAGAAGACUAUCUCGAAUCAGCAAAAUUAAUACGAGACAUUUUCCACAAAAACGGUAUACAUUCAGCUACAGUGCAGCCUGAGUUUGUUGGAAAUGGGGCAAAUGCUUACACAAGAAGAAGGUUUUCAGAAAUUGCAGGAGGGCCCGUCACGACAGGCACUCUACAAACCUCAUAUGGAUCCACAACUUCCGAAACAGGAUGCCUAAUUGAUGAUGCUGUAAACUGCUGUUCUGAUAAAUGCUUACCAAAAUAG